CCCCCCCCGGAGCCUCAUCCGGGUCUGGCUUGGCAGCCACGGCUGGACCUCGGCGCUCAGGGCCCCGUGAGGUCCCUGCAGGGAGCAGGGUUUGCACAUGACGGCUUUUCUCCCCUCUCCCAGUAUGGCGACACGACUCACACCUUGAUAGAAAAACUCAACUACAAGGGGCUCUUCCUACCUGGCUAUCACGCGCCCCUCUUCAAGGAUCCCCUGCUGCCGAAGCUACCAAGCGCCAAGCUGAACUUCGUCGACCAUGUCGUGGGGAACCAGCCAGAUCUCCAGAUGGUCCCAGUGGCAGACUGGUACCAGAAGAACCUGCUGUUCCAUCGUUUCUGGUCUGUGGAUGACAAGCAGUUGCACACCAAAUUCAGUGCCCUGCGCUCCAUCGUGGUCACCAACUAUGAAGAGACCAUAAAGAUGCCCAUAAACGAGCCAGCUGUUGGCAAGAAGAAAUCCCAGAUUCAGGAAUACAUCGACUACUACGGCGGGGCGGGAGUCCAGCACAUUGCGCUGAACACCUCCGACAUCAUCACGGCAAUCACCAACCUGAAGCAGCGGGGCAUGCAGUUCAUGGAUGUGCCAUCCAGCUACUAUCAGAUGCUGCGAGAGAGGCUGAAAACUGCCAAAAUCAAAGUGAAGGAGAACAUCGAUAAGCUAGCGGAACUGAAAAUCCUGGUGGAUUUUGACGAGAAGGGAUACUUGCUCCAAAUCUUCACUAAACCAGUUCAAGAUAGACCCACGCUCCUGGAGGUCAUCCAGCGGCAUAACCACCAGGGGUUCGGCGCUGGGAACUUCAAGUCUCUCUUUGAGGCUAUAGAAUUUGACCAAGAUGCCAGAGGAAACCUGACUGUCCUGAAUCCCAGUGGGGAGACCAACCUCCUCUAGAGCACAGGGCUGGGCGAGCGGCAGCCACCGGCGGUAACGCAGCCCCACCCUUAGCAAGCUCAUUAACAAACAAAACCAGGAAACGGCCCAUGUUUUGGUAAACAGCCCACAACUGUGUCAUGAACCCAGGAAAGUCACUGCCAAGUUGGAAAUGUAAAAGGACUCAAGCCUAUCCGGACCCAGCCCAGACGCUGCCCUCUGGCGACUUCAUGGGAGAGAGAAAAUGGGAAAUGUCAAACCUGCCAAUUUAACCUAAUCCAAGUACUGAAUUCUUAACAUAGGGCAGACUUAAGGCUUCCAUCAUAGAAGACAUUCAGUUAUGGAGGAAGACAGAAGAAACAACCUGGAGCACUUAAUUUUAGUCUAUCCACAGUUUCUCUUAAUUUUAACUAUGCGGGAAGCUGAAAUGGGAAAGCGAGAGAGGAAAGCAUUAUGGGGUUUGCCUCUCUGUGCAUCUCGUUUUACAAGAUCUUUUAAAAUUAGUUUUAUAUUCCAUCUUGAGUUUGAAUUUCUUAUGAUUAAACACUUGUUUUUAGGGUAGUUACAACAUUCCUGGAAUUAGAUUUAAUCUAAUUUAUGUAUUUCAGCCUUCCUUUCAACGUAACGUAGCCUUGCUCUAAUACCUUUAAAUUCCGGAAGUGAUGAACAGUUGAGGCUUCUCCAGUAUUUCAUUUAGACUUAGAGAAGUAAUUGCUGGAAUUUGCUGUGAUUGCCUGGCUCAGAUCCUGGCUGCAUGGGAAAACUCCCCUCGGGGCACUGUCCCAGGCCUUCCCAAGGGGACUUUCUCCACUGACACAAUAAAGCCCGUUGCUGUCACAGCUCA